GUUGAUGCGAAUUCCUCCUUUCACGUUUCCACGCGAUUCAAGUUGAGAGUUGUAAGUCUCAAAAGGCGGCGCACCCUGGUCCUUGUGUCCGUUUCCGACAAAAACUCUCCACGCCGCGUCCGACAAGGCGGGGACCUCACAGCCCACGCGCAGAUUCGUUAUUCGCCUGGCAACUGGCCGGAAGCGGAAGUCGUGCGUGGAGGCCGUUUUUACUGCGCUUGCGCGAGUGGGAACCGCCAGCCAGCCCGUGUUUCUGUAGUAACCGUCCGCGUAGCCCAUUCGAGGCGCGGCUCAUGGCCCCGGUAUCCCGAUCCCGUUGUUGGGAGGAAACCCUGGACACUCGGAGACAGCGCCGCAGCUCGUCGGGGAGCCGGCCAUCCGCGCAGGCCGGACGCUCCCCUUGGGAUGGCCGUUCCCACUCUCGCUCCCGCGGCCGUGAGAACCUCAGGCCUCCGUGCAGCGACUCGGGCAUGGGUACUUCCUCCACCCUUCGCCGCUCUGGGUCUCGAGAGCGGCCCCCAGGACUCCGCAACUACGCCUUCUCGUCCUCCUCUUCGGUCUACUGUGGGGGAUCCCGCUACCAUCACCACCGCUAUGCGGGCUACCGGCAGCGGGCGGAAGUCUACGAGAAGGUGAUAGAGGAGCGCUAUUGGCAGAGGAGGCUGAAGGAGAGAGAGAGGACCGGAGAGUUGGGAGCGCCGGAAGUAUGGGGGCUGUCUCCGAAGUCUCCUGAGCCAGAUUCUGAUGAACAUACCCCAGUUGAGGACGAAGAGGUAAUGAAUCAGAAGAGCAGCAGUUCGGAUUCCAACACGGAAGAAAAAAAGAAAAAGGUCAGUCGUUCAAAAAACAAGAAAAAGAGAAGGAAUAAGUCGUCUAAAAGAAAACAUAUAAAGUCUUCUAAUAAUAGUGACAGCGACUCAGACUCCGACAUGCAUUCUAGCUCUGACAAUAAUAAAAAGAGACUCAAAAAAGCCAAAAAGAAAGAGAAGAAAAAGAAACACAAAGCCAAAAAGACCAAGAAAAAGAAGAAGACUAAAAAAGAAUCCAACGACUCAAGCUGUAGAACUUCAGAAGAGGAGUUGCCAGAAGACACCUGGAUUGAACAAUCUAAGAUUGCAGAUACCAUGGAUUUAAUAGGUCCAGAAGCACCUAUAAUGUAUACCUCUCAAGAUGAGAAACCUUUGAACUAUGGUCAUGCGCUGCUCCCAGGUGAAGGUGCAGCUAUGGCUGAAUAUGUAAAAGCCGGAAAGCGUAUCCCACGAAGAGGUGAAAUUGGGUUGACAAGUGAAGAAAUCGCUUCGUUUGAAUGCUCAGGUUAUGUCAUGAGUGGUAGCAGGCAUCGCAGAAUGGAGGCUGUACGACUGCGUAAGGAGAACCAGAUAUAUAGUGCUGACGAGAAGAGAGCCCUUGCAUCCUUUAACCAAGAAGAGAGACGAAAGAGAGAAAAUAAGAUUUUAGCCAGUUUCCGAGAGAUGGUGUUCAGAAAGACAAAAGGGAAAGAUGACAAGUAGGGAUUUGUUUGUUGCACAGCAAAACUCUUAACAACAAAAGUUUUAUAUAACCAAAAAUAUUAAAAGGCUUUACAGUGCUACUGUAUUUACUAUGUUAGUAAGUCCCUCAGGAAAAACCUGCAUUAGGAGAUAUCUU